AUGCGGGCGGACAGCAAAGGCGAGGUUCGGGACGUGCGGCGUCUGAUGGCGCUCACUGGGGACAUGGAGAGCUUGGAUAAAUUUCGAUGUUGUUUCGUGGCAGCCGCCGAUCGGCUCCUGGCACUGACAAAUCCGCGCCGGUUUUCCCCAGACCGGCGGUUGGCGCUGCAGGUGGCCGUGUGGGCCCUGCGGGGGGUGACUCGGGUGAUUUUAGCCAACAACCCGCUGAGCGGCGCUCUCAUGCUGCUGGCGCUCUACUGGGCCUCGCCCUGGCAGGGCCUGCUGGGAACGCUGGGCCUGCUGACCUCCACGCUCGUCGCGCUCAUCCUGGGACAAGACAGCGCGGAAGUACGGGGAGGACUCCACGGCUUCAACGGCAUGUUGGUGGCCCUGCUGAUGGGAGCGUUCAGCAGCGCCGGGGACUGGUACUGGUGGCUGCUGCUGCCGGCUUGCUUGGGCUCGGCGACGAGUGUCUUCUUCUUCGGUGGUCUCACGCCGGUGCUGGACCGCUGGGACCUUCCAGUCGCGGUCUUUCCCUUCAACACGGUCAUCGUCCUCUACUUCCUGUGCACCGGCCCGGAUAACCCCUACUUCCCGCGCCGCCUCGCCGUACCGCCGAGCCGGUCGCCGCCCAACGUCACGGCGCUCGACGCGACGGAGGUCCUGCGAGGCGUCCCUCUCGGCGUGGGCCAGAUCUUCGCCUGCGGUUCUCUGGGCCCCUCGCUGCUCAUUCUGGCCGGACUCUGCCUUUACUCCCCCUUGCAGGCCGUCCACGCUCUGCUGGGCUCGGCCGUCGGGACUCUGGCCGGGUUGUCCGUGGCCGUGCGCCACGAGUGGCUCUACUCGGGUCUGUCGGGCUUCAACGGAGCUCUGGGCUGCAUGGCCGUGGGCGGACUUUUCUUCACCUUCAGUUGGAGGACGCACCUGUUGGCCAUCGCCAGUGCUUUCCUGUCCGCUUUUGUCGACAUCGCCUUGAGCAAUCUGCUGGGAAGUACGGGCGUGCCGGCGUGCAGCUGGGCCGCCACGCUGACCGCCACGCUGCUGCUGCUGCUGCCGGGCGCCCCGUCCGCGUACCGGAUCCCGCUGGCUCGGGUCGGGUCCCCCGAGCGGAACCUGCGCUCCCGCGGACGCUGGGGAGCGGCCGACGCCGAGGAAAGGGAGAGCACCGACGUGUAGCCGGAGACGCGCCCGAGACCAAAGACACGACAAGUGAAGGCGACUUUUCGGUUCAUUUUAUUUAGCAGCGUUCUUCGCUUCACACGCCUCACGUAAUGGAAAAUUGCUUCUAUAAUUACGCCUACGAGCUUUUUUGUUGUUGUUUAUUUUUGGAGUCGACGUGCUUCCGGUUGUCGGACUUUCUUCUCAUCUCACAGACGGCGGCGAUGGGUUUGAUCAUAAGAAACGUGCAAAAGCGCUUCUCAGUCUGUCAUUUAUUGAUCGAUCGAGUGUGAAUUGUAGAGAAAAAAAAAUAUAAUAAACCACUGGAACAAACAUUUUGUCUCUGGAACGGUGCGUACGUGUGCGAGUGGUGUCGCUUGUGCUUCCGGCCGCCCGUUUUUGCCCGUAUUUGAUUUUCAUCCCCUUUUUGGCACGAACGGCCCGUGAAUUCGGAAGGAGCCGAGGGAAAGCUUUCGUGCCAUCCGUGCACGUGUGACUGUCUCCGUUGAAGUUUUGGCUUGGCGUCCACUUGCGUUUCAGAAGACUUUUUGUUUCAACGACUUGCCGCACAACAUUUCAUGCAUGAAAACACCCACCUAAACUACGCAUGUGUCAAAUCCUCCAGAACCGAGCAUAGCAGACCUUGUCCUAGUUUGGAACCAGGGACACAUUUUACAGUUCGGGAUGUAAUUAAAGCCAUUUUUCAAUCCCGAUUUGGUUCAAGUGCUUUGCUCGCACCUCCUUAUGAGUUUUUGUGCGUUUGGACU